UUAUCGGUGCGUGCACUCCUGACUUUCAUUUGGAGAUAUUUCAUUAACUGCGCGGUGUCUUAACGCGAGCUGCGCCACUUUACCCUCUUCCGUCAGCCGCCAGAGGAUUGGCAAACUGGUGCGGCAACUUUCCUGCAUCAAAUCCCUGUCGCUGAAACAUGUCGUUGACCAACACAAAGACGGGCUUUUCAGUGAAGGACAUUUUGGACCUCCCUGACACUAACGAUGAAGAAGGAUCUAUCACCGGGAACGAGGAAGAUACGGAGGGUUCGGAGGCGACCAAAACGCCUGGAGUGUUAGUGCAAAGUCCUUUAGAGAAUGUUCAAAAUCUUCCUUUAAAGAAUCCUUUCUACGAUAGUAGCGACAAUCCUUAUACCAGAUGGCUCGCAACUACGGACAGCAUCCAAUACUCUUUGCACGGUUUAUCAGCAAACUCUCAAGACUCGUCUGCAAAAUCCCCGGAACCUUCUGCAGAUGAAUCGCCGGACAACGACAAGGAAACUUCAAGCAACGGCAGUGACUCUGGUAAGAAGCGCAAAAGGAGGGUGCUCUUCUCCAAGGCGCAAACUUACGAACUCGAGCGCCGGUUUAGGCAACAGAGAUAUCUGUCAGCGCCAGAGAGGGAGCAUCUCGCUAGUUUGAUUCGUCUGACGCCGACCCAAGUGAAAAUCUGGUUCCAGAACCACCGGUACAAAAUGAAGAGAGCCCGGGCCGAGAAAGGUAUGGAAGUGACCCAUCUCCCUUCUCCUAGGCGGGUGGCCGUGCCUGUUUUAGUAAGGGAUGGCAAACCCUGUCAUACGCUAAAAGCUCAGGACUUGGCAGCCACUUUUCAGGCAGGAAUACCGUUCUCCGCUUAUAGCGCCCAAUCUCUCCAGCACAUGCAAUAUAACGCGCAUUACAGCGCCGCCACCACACCACAGUUUCCCACAACACACCACCUGGUGCAAACGCAACAGUGGACUUGGUGAACAAAUACUGACUUGCAAACGUUGGGCUGCAUUUAAAGACCACAAUAGGGAGCUUUCCAAACAAAAAUACAGGACUUUUUCUUUUUUUGCAGCUUGGCCCAUUCUCAUUCUCAGUUUAUUUUGGGGAUUGACGUGUGCGCCAUGUUUACAUGUUUUCGUUAAGAAAACUGGGUCAAGCCUCUCCCCAAAUUUAAGAAUGUUAAAGCUCUUGUGAAAUUUUGUAAAGUAUGUUUGUGUGUUGUAGAAAUGUUUUCUUUUUGUCCUUCGUGUUUAAAGCACGUGAAAAACCACUUUAUGACUAUAGAAAGUUUUAUUUCUUUCUUUUACAAUGAACCGAAUAUAUUUAUGGCCAUGAAUAAACACUGGCAAACUUUAGCUUAUUUCAUUGGUUUGUUUUCUAUGUAAAUAUUUUGUGAUAACUGUUUGCAAUAUUAUGUUUUGCGGUUCAGUAAGCUAUAGCCUAAAUAUUUACAAUAUUUAGGGAUAAAAUGCAACAUCAAUUGUCGUGUAAUUUCAGCAAGAACGCGCGCUGAUGAGGGAAUUACUUAAUUCUUUUUAUUAAGACUUUUAAUAAAAUGAUGUGUUUCAGAAAU